AUGUCCGACUCAAAAACCGCCCUCCUCUCCCAAUCCGAACCCAUCGACCCCCCACCAGCCUACGACGCAACAAGCAACAACCCACCAGCACGUACACCCCUACCCCGCCCACCGCCGCUCUCCCUCCCAGUGCUCAAUGAGCUCCGCAGCAAGCGAGUCAUCCUCGCCUCUCAGUCCCCGCGCCGCAGACAAAUCAUGUCCCACCUCGGCCUGCCCAACCUAGAAGUCAUCCCUUCCAAUGCAGAAGAGGACUUCCCCAAGACAAUGGAGCCAUUCGAGUACGUGCUCGCCACGGCCACGAAGAAGGCACAGGCGGUCUAUGAACAGGAGAUCGUGAACGAGGAGAAGGGCGAGCCGGCGCUGAUUCUCGCGGCGGACACCAUCGUCGUGGAUACGGCUACCGGGACGAUUCUUGAGAAGCCCCGCUCCGAGGCGCAGCAUAUUGCCAUGCUGAAGUCGCUACGGGAUAACCGUGACCAUAAGGUGUUUACGGCGAUGGCGGCUAUGGCGCCGUUGGUUAGUGCGCGGCAGCCGGGGUAUGCGCUUGAGACGGCGUUGGAGGAGACGAGGGUGCGGUUUGAUGGGGAGGUUACGGAUGAGUUGAUCUUGGCUUAUGUGCGGACUCGGGAGGGGGCGGAUAAGGCUGGUGGGUAUGGGUUGCAGGGGUUGGGGUCGAUUUUGGUAGAGAGUAUUGAGGGGAGCUGGGAUAAUGUAGUGGGGUUGCCGUUGAAGUCGGCUUUGAAGUUGAUUGAGAAGGUGGUUGAGAAGGCUGAUGAUGAUGAUCGGUUGUCGGGUGGUCUUGAUGAAGAAGUGGAAGAGGAGAGUGAUUAG